CCCCCUGCCCACUCUUGGCUCGCCCAUCCACUCCCAACUUCCAAAACAAAACAAAACUAGCCGUUGCUCUGCUUCUCCUCCGAUGGAGUCGUCGGCCGCGUCCCUGGUACUCUGCAGCCCCUCCUCCGACGACCGCUUCUGGGACGGCCUCCGCACCCGCGUCGACACCAUCCUCGAGGACCGCCGCCUCGUCGUAUCCUCCUCCGCCGCCGCCACGUGCGGCGCGGCGUCCGAGCGGCCCAAGCGCCUCCGGGAGGACUCGCUGAUGCUGGUCCGGGGCCUCGACUCCGUCGCCGCCUCCCUCGCGCAGCUCUCCGACACGCUCACCGCCGCCCAGAAGGGAGUGAGCGCUCUCGCCACCUGCUCGUCCCAGGCGAGGGAGUGCGAGGAGCCCCACGCGAAGCGUCAGUGCGGCGCCUCCACGGAGCUCGCGGCCCUCGAUGACGCGCAAAAAGACGUCGGCGCCGCCGACGCGCAGCCGCGUGACGAGACCAGCAGCGGGGAUGUCCGGGCCUCCUCCGAGGUCGCGCAGAGCACCAAUCUGAAGCGAGCGCGCAGCCUUGCGGUCUCGAUGGCGGGCAGGGCGGCCAAUCUGGCGAGGGAGCUCAAGACCAUCAAGUCGGAGCUGCACUUCAUGCAGGAGCGCUGCGGCCUGCUGGAGGAGGAGAACAGGAGGCUCAGAGACGGGUACGACAACGGAGGAGCCGCCCCCGAAGAAGACGACCUGGUGAGGCUGCAGCUCGAGGCUCUGCUCGCCGAGAAGUCCCGGCUGGCGCAGGACAACGCCAACCUCGCCCGGGAGAACCAGAGCCUCAUCCAGCUCGUGGAGUACCACCAGCUCACCUCCCAGGAGGACCUCGGUGCGUCCUACGACGACGUCAUGGAGGGGAUGCGCCUUGACUUCGACGGCGAAGAAGACGAGUUUGACGGCGACGGUGUCCCGGUCACCCCAGGCAACAAAUUGAGCGUGCUGGCGUCGCCUGAUGCCUAGAUGAUUGUGUGGGAGAAUAAGCUAAGCUGAUGGGUGUGGUGUGGUGUGGUUUGUUCCAAUGGUGGAAUGACUUCUACUGUUGUUUCGGUUGCGUGCUUCAGUUUGAGCACUCUUCAGUACGCGGCCGUAUGGCCGAGAUUCUUUAGAUUCUCUCAGAUGGCAUGGAUUUCAAGGUCUAGCUUACAAAUUCAAUUGUUUUGUUAUUCAUUAUUUAGAGUGUUCCAAACUGCUUAAGCUCCUCAGGAGCGUACAAACUGUUUUGUAACUACAUUUAUUAAAUAUAUCGAUAGUGUGUUCCAGCAUUA